AUGAAGUCAUUGCUGAAUCGGAUAAUCCUGUGCAGCGCCUUUCUGGCCGUGGCCAGUGGUCUGAGCUUCACGGUGACGUCGCGGAUCUACAUGGAUGUGAAGCACAACAAGAAGCCGGUGGGCAGGAUCACGUUUGGACUCUUCGGGAAGCUGGCACCCAAGACGGUGGCCAACUUCCGGCACAUUUGCUUGCGCGGCAUCAACGGGACCAGCUACGUGGGCUCGCGAUUCCAUCGCGUGGUGGACCGCUUCCUCGUCCAAGGCGGCGACAUCCUGAACGGCGACGGAACUGGCUCCAUUAGCAUCUAUGGAGACUACUUUCCGGACGAGGACAAGGCUCUGGCGGUGGAGCACAACAGACCCGGUUACUUGGGCAUGGCCAAUCGGGGUCCGGACACCAAUGGCUGCCAGUUUUAUGUGACCACCGUGGGCGCCAAGUGGCUGGACGGAAAGCACACCGUAUUCGGCAAGGUGCUGGAGGGAAUGGACACCAUCUAUGCCAUUGAGGAUGUAAAAACCGAUACGGAUGACUUCCCUGUGGAACCCGUGGUGAUCUCCAACUGCGGCGAGAUCCCCACGGAGCAGUUCGAGUUCUACCCGGACGACUUCAACAUACUCGGAUGGAUCAAGGCGGCUGGUCUGCCCGUGACCAGCUCCUUCUGCGUUCUGCUCAUCUUCCACUACUUCUUCCGCCAGCUCAACAUGUACUGCUGAGGACUUUAGAGUAUAAGCUUUAUUACUGCACAUAAGACUAAGAAGCCCCCCCCCAUCCACUCCGAAUGAAACCCACAAUAAAUGCAUACAAAACU